AUGUGGGUACUGGGGCCGUCAGUCGGUGCCUGUAACGUGCGUUUUGGGAUUCCCCUUCCCGUUUCGCUUGGGUACAACGUAGCUUCCCCCUGGGCCGGCCGGGGUGAGCCUGUGGCCGGCCUCCGGUCCCCCCAGCCCGCCCCGACCGCCGUCCGGCCUUCGGAAACGCGGUGCCGCUGCUUUGGUGGUGUUUUUCGUUGUGGAACAUUGGCAGUGCUGGAGCAAAAUGAAGCUGGGAUUGUUCUGCUCAGGAGUUUUGACUGGAAUGAUGGCCUGUUUGAUGUGACCUGGAGUGAGAAUAAUGAACAUGUGUUGAUCACUUCUAGCGGAGAUGGAUCGCUGCAAAUCUGGGAUACAGCUAAAACCAAAGGUCCGCUGCAAGUCUAUAAAGAGCACACUCAGGAGGCAUAUAGUGUUGACUGGAGCCAAACUAGAGGAGAGCAGCUAGUGGUGUCUGGUUCAUGGGAUCAAACAGCCAAGCUGUGGGAUCCAGCUGUGGGCAAGUCAUUAUGCACUUUUAAAGGCCACGAAGGGGUCAUUUACAGCACUAUAUGGUCUCCACACAUCCCAGGUUGUUUUGCAUCUGCCUCAGGUGACCAGACUUUAAGAGUUUGGGAUGUGAAAGCCCCAGGAGUCAAACUUGUGAUACCGGCCCACCAGGCUGAGAUCUUGAGCUGUGACUGGUGCAAAUAUGAUGAGAACUUGCUGGUAACUGGUGCGGUUGACUGUAGCUUGAAAGGCUGGGAUUUGCGGAACAUCCGGCAACCGGUGUUUGUCUUGCUUGGUCAUACCUAUGCUAUCAGAAGAGUAAAAUUUUCACCAUUCCAUGCAACCUUAUUGGCCUCUUGCUCCUAUGAUUUUACUGUGAGAUUCUGGGACUUUUCCAAGCCUAACCCUUUGCUGGAAACAGUUGAGCAUCAUACUGAAUUUACAUGUGGACUAGAUUUAAGUCUUCACAACUGUGGUCAGGUGGUGGACUGUGCUUGGGAUGAACUAGUCAAGAUCUAUACUCCGUCGUGUCUGGCAGUUCCUGUCUAGAGAGAAAGUAGAGGAGAUCUGACACACCAAGAACCUUUCUCUCUUCCCAACAAGCAGACUUGUGCUAAAGUGUCAACUGCGUCACUAAUCUUAGUGUCUGGUUUUAAGUAAAACACUGCUUGAAUGGAGUGUUGUGCACUUCAGCAUGUGGAGAUUUUAGGGCUUGGUUUGCUGUACAGGUAGUACUUGAGCCAGCAAAACAUUCAACAACUACUUAAUGGCCAAAGAGUGGCCGGAGCAGAUAUGAGCUGGUGUCUUCAGAGUAGAAUCACUGACACAAUUUUGUAAUCUGUCUGGCUAAUGAGGAGGGCAGAGGCCUGAAUCUUCUUGAUCCUUAUAAAGAAUAGAAGUAACUGGCAGUGUAUUUUGAGAUUAUGUCACUGUAGAAAAGAAAAAAGCGGCUUUUCACUGUAAAAUACUGUAAUGUCAACCUGAGGUUUGUAUCACUCGGAUGCAUUUAUAUUUAUACAUUUUACUGUGACUCACAUUGCAUUAUUUUCUUGUGCAAUAUGAUAGACAGUAAAUGUCAUAGUUUAUAGCCA